CAUUAAACAACCCAUACAGAGGUAUUAUGAUAUACGACAAGUAUAAAGAUUAAUCCCGGUGGUUGUUAGGCUUAUUGAGCAUGUAACAGAAGAUUUUCUGCCCCAUUGAUCAUUAAUUUAAACCACUGACGGAUUUAUAGCAUUGGAUUUCGACUUUCUGUGUAUCAAAGAAUUGAAAAUACAUGAAUACCGAUUUAAAAAGCCAUUUGUCAUGUUAAGCGUUUAGUUUUAAAAGAGUGAUACAUGAUUCUAUAGACGACCAAACAAAUAUACAACUACAUACAUUUGAAACUAUUCUACAAAACAAGAAGAGAUGGCGAAUCGUGUUUCAUCACCAGACUCUGCUUCGAGUUCAGCAGAUUUACCAAACGUACACGGACUCAGUAAGGCGCAUGCACAUCCUGAGGAAUGGACUCUACCACACGAGUGGAAUAUUGAAAAGCGAGAAAUGUUUGAUAAUUGGAAAAUGGACGUGCAGAAUCAAAUCUCGAACAUUGCAGGGCAACUGACUCAUUCCCUGGAAAAACAUCCUAGAAGUGACAUUGUAAAGUUAGACUACAGCGAUGCAAUUGAAGACAACGAGUUACAUAAAGCUGUUAUACAAAAAGAAAGACAAGCAGGAAAUACCUUAAACUACGGACUAGCAAGAGUUCCUGUUCCUAACAGAUAAUAAAAUACUUUUGUUUUAUCUAGGGAAACAUAAGAACUCCGAGCAGCUUUCAAUUUGUUUGCAAAUAGCUUUGCUUGAAUCUUUGUGUUAAGGUAGUGGAACAUACAUUCCCUAAACUUAUUUAUAUAUGAACAUCUGCCAUACAGUCAGUAUUGAGAUAUAUUGUUUCUUGUUCUUGUUAUAGUCUAAUAAACUUACUUUUCUUCUUACAUAUAUAAUUAGACAUUUGAUAUUCUUAAUCAGUCUUUAAACCUACAAAAUAUCACAUUGAAAAUAUGCAGCUGUGUGUUUUUCUGUUUUCGUCAUGGUUUACGAGUACAUUAUGUUUCUUCUUCUAUUCGCAAAUAACAUCAUCUUUCAAUCAAUGGUGUGGAAUGGGUGUAACUAUUACAAAUCAAUCUAACAUUCAUAUGAAAAUGGUAAUAUUUAUUUUUCUAUUCAUCUAUUAUGCAUAAUCCAAUACAUGUUUUCAUAUUAAAGCCUUUUAUAGAUAUGCAUUGUAAAUAUAUAAUUGAUUGUGGUUUGAUGAGUUUACACAUAGUAAUAACUAUUUUGGCUCAUGGUCAUUAUAUAAAUUUGCCAUGCGUGUUUUGUGCAAUUCGGGUGCUGUUGAAAUUAUAAAACAUUAAAAAUAUGAUAAAUUGU